UUUUUGUUUGAUUAUUGAUUCAAAGUCAGUCAGAAUUCAGUAAAAUUAAAGGUUAUGCUUUGUUGACAGCAGUUCCUCAAAGCACUAAAAGAUAGUUUUAAUGACUAAACUUUAGCAGCGUGAAGCGGCUUUGCAUGAAUAAAUCACCUACUUCUGAAGUCAGAGGUGUUGUGUUGCCCUGCGACUGAACCUUGACCUCAGGUAACCACUCCCACCUGUCAGCCCUACCAGUCCUCCCUCUCUGCUCGCUGCUCUCCUGUGCAUGUCUCGACAUGCCGACAAACACCAGCGGUGGGUGGAGACAAGGAAAGGAAAGGAGAAAAAAAAAAAAAAAAAAACAAGAAAAACCGGAGAGCAUGUCAGGCUGAGAGCCAGUGAGAGAAUGAGAGGGAGGCGUGAGGUAUGAAGGGAAAGAACCGUGAGUGUGAGAAAGGAAAAGGGAAUUUCAUGCUACAGCUGCAGUUUGGGGCUCGAUGCCGAAAAGAGAAGCGGGACAGAAAGUGAAAGAGGAGGGAAGACUGAAGCUGUAAUUGGAAUACGGAGGAGGGAGCAGCACCUGGAGGACAAGCAUGGUGGAAACAAUGGAGCUUCAAACCCAAGGAGCCCGAGAAGACAAAUGAAGACCUCUUGCUGACUUUCUCCUUCCCUUGUGACACCUGGAGAACCUACAGGAGGAUAGCAACUGAUAGUAAUUGCCUGAUGCAACACUUUCAGGAACUGACAGGUUGAGGAAAUACACAGUCCGUGCAAACCAGCUCAGCCUAAUAAAGUGAAACCACCGGAGGAGUAUGGGAGGUAAGAGCACCGACUUGUCCCCUGGAUGUCAGACCCCCGGGAGCAAAUGAGUAGAUUCGGCAGCAGCUCCAGCUUGCUCCAGGGCCAGCGCUUCUACUGCCGGGAAUGGGCCCUGGACAAGCUGCGGCGCUGCCUGGAUGCCCGGUCUUUGCCAGGCCAAGCGCCGGGGCUGCUGGUGACCGGAGGCCCCGGAGCCGGGAAGACCGCCCUGUGCACCGAGGUGGUGUGGCCCACCUCCAAGGCAGGCCUGGCGGUCGAGCUGGCGCAGCGCUGCCUGGCCUCCCACUUCUGCCAGAGGGAGGACCAGAGGAGCCUGGUGCUGUGGAGGUUCAUCCUGGGCCUGGUGGAGCAGCUGAGGGCCUCGCCGCUGCUCCCUCCUGGGUACGAAGACAUCCUCAGCAGCCCCUCUGUAGCCUGUGCUCUGGAGCCUGUCAGCUGUCAAAGAGACCCUGAUGACACCUUCAAGAGAGCAGUGCUGGGACCCCUGCUGGACCUUCCUCCUCCUGCCCAGACUCUGAUGCUGGUUGUGGACUCCCUAGAUGUAGAAUAUGGUCCAGGUGAAGGAGACGGGAAGAGCGGCUCUAUCGCAGAGCUCUUAGCAGCCAAUCAACACCUGCUGCCCGGCUGGCUGCUGCUGGUCUGCUCCAUGCGCCGCCAUAACAAGGUGGUGUGCAAGAUGUUCUCAGGUUUUCGUAGGCUCUGCCUGGAUGACCUGCGGAAGCCUGUGGCGGUCCGUGACGUGCAGCAGUAUAUCCUCUGUCGACUGGAUGAAGAAGCAUCACUUCGCCGUCAGCUCACCCCCGAUACGGCUGACAUGCUGAAUCUGCUGCACAUCAAGAGCGGCGGCUGUUUUCUCUUUCUCGAGCGUGUUCUGGACGGCGUGGCAGCGGCACUAGUGGGCCUGCGGGAGAUCCGGGACAUCCCCGGGACUCUCAAUGGCCUCUACCUGUGGCUGUGUCAGAGGUUGUUCCCCCGGGGGCUCUUCAUCUACGUCAGGCCUCUCCUCAACGUUCUCCUGGCUGCCCCGAGGCCCCUCACACCACAGCAGCUUUUCACAGCUGUCUGGACCCAGGACACCUCGCUCAGCCUCCAGGAUUUCCAGAACAAACUCCGAACCCUCUCUCCUCUCCUCAUUGAUGGCCCUGGAGGCACCAAAAUACUGUUUCAUGCCAGCUUCACGGAGUGGCUGACUGAUGUUAAGUACUGCACACAGAAGUACCUGUGUAGCAGAACAGAAGGUCACAGCAUGCUUGCCAUGGCUCUGACCCUACAGGGACCUGACCUGGAUGUUGAGGACACUUGCCAGCUAGCUGCACAUUUAAUUUGCUCAGGUCACCAUAGAGAUAAACCCUCAUUAUUGGCACUGUGGAUGCUGUGGGCAGGUGUACCAGCCGUUUCUUCAAGCUGCAGUAGAGCCCUCACCACAUCCUUAGCUCAGCUUCCUGCUCUGGUCAGUCAAGAUGUCCCUCAGCUGUUGAAGAAAAGUGGGCUUGUAACUCCAGCCUGUUUUUCAGAUUCAGAUCCAAGUGUUGGAUUGCAUGGCACAGGUGAAGAAGGACCUGACUUACAACAGGCAUUUGAAAGGGAGGCAUCUGUAAGGAAGCUGCUAGAGAGUGGGGUGUCUAUAAACCAGCUUACUUCUACAGAUGGACAGACUUUGCUUGCCAGUGCAGCCCAUGAUGGUUCUGCAAAUGUAGCUAAACUUCUCUUGACACAUGGGUCUGAUCCAUUCAUUAGUGACCUACAAGGUCAAACACCGCUGACUUUGGCUUCCAGACAGGGUCACGUCAAAGUGUUGUCUCUGCUGCUGGAAUGGGCCAAAAGCCAGGAACCUGAAACUGCAGUGCGCAUGAUGGAGCACGUUGACAAUGAAGGCUGGACAGCACUACGUUCUGCAGCUUGGGGAGGACACAGUGAGGCUGUCCGACUACUGCUGGAUGCCGGAGCAGAUGUAAACGGAUGUGACAUUGAGGGCCGGACUGCUCUCAGAGCAGCAGCUUGGGGGGGUCAUGAAGAAAUUGUCCUCACUUUGCUGGACUACGGGGCACAGGUGGACAAAGCUGAUAGUAAGGGCCGCACACCGCUUAUCGCUGCAGCCUAUAUGGGACAUCAUGAAGCUGUAGAGAUACUGCUGGACCACAAUGCAGAAGUUGACUUGGCUGAUGGGGAUGGACGCAGUGCCCUGUCAGUGGCCGCCCUCUGUGUCUCUACAGCAGCAGGUGUUAAAGGUUUUGGUGAGGUCGCAAGUCUAUUACUGGAGCGUGGAGCUAAUCCAGGGCAUAGAGACCAUGAUGGAAUGACCCCACUUCUUCUCGCAGCCUAUGAGGGCCAUGAAGAUGUAGUUGAGCUUUUGUUAGAAGCUGGUGCUGAUGUCGAUGAAACUGCUGGACCUGAUGGUAACAUCCCUGCAGCAGCUGCUGUUACUCCCCUUCUGGCUGCGGCAGCGAUGGGCCACAUGACAACAGUGUCGCGGCUGCUUUUCUGGGGUGCGGCUGUGGACGCCAUUGACUGUGAAGGCAGGACGGCACUCUGCUUGGCAGCAGCGAGAGGCAGCACAGAGGUUGUCCGAGCCUUGCUGGACCGAGGUUUGGAUGAAAACCAUAAGGACGACCUCGGCUGGACUCCGCUGCAUGCUGCUGCGUGUGAAGGCCACCGGACUGUUUGUGCUGCUUUGACAGAACGAGGCAGCAUGGCACGUGUUGGUGAGAUGGACAUUGAAGGACGCACUCCUCUUAUACUUGCUGCCCAAGAAGGUCAUUGGAGCACUGUGAGGCUGUUGUUGGAUAGACGUUCUCCCAUUGACCACAGGGCGUAUGAUGGACAUUCUGCAUUGAGUGCCGCCCUCCUAGAGGGUCAUGCUGAUGUUGCAGAGCUGCUUAUGAAGCGUGGAGCUGAUACUGAUGUCCGGGAUGCAGAGGGACGUCCUCUGCUCUACCUCCUGGUGUUGGAGGGUCGCCUUGAUAUGGCUACUCUGCUAAUAGAAAAAGGAGGUGUGCCUCUGGAGUCCCGAGACUCUGAGGGCCGUACAGCACUUCAUGUGGCUUCUUGGCAGGGAUGUGUGGAGAUUGUAGACUUACUUUUAAAACAUGGGGCAAAUCCCAAUUCACAAGAUGCAGAAGGGAGACCUCCAAUGCAUUCAGUAGCUUGGACAGGAAAUGCUAAAGUAGGACGUCGUCUACUAGAAGCCAAUGGUGUUAAUAUACACCUCGCAUGCCACCAGGGGGCAACAGCUCUGAGCAUUGCUGCUCAGGUUGGACAUGCUAACGUUGUUGGGAUGCUUCUGGAAAGAGGGGCAAAUCCUGAUCACAUUGAUAAAUAUGGCCGCAGUCCAGUCAAAGUAGCUGGAAAACACGGACACUUUAACAUCGUUCGGCUCUUGGAGAGCUAUGGAGCCAAGCCAUACCUGGGCCUGCUGUCUAACUCUAGUACUGUAUCUCCUUCAAAACCCAACAAGAGCCUCUCAUCAGGCAUCUUACAGAGUAAUGGAGGUGAAGUAACAGCUGCUACAUCGUCCUCUUCAGUAUCUUCUCCUGGUUCCACUGCCGAACGAUUCCACUCCAUGCAGAGCUCCCAAACUUCAUCCACCUGCCACUCGCUGGCCACGGUUCAGACGGUGCCCGCUGAUAGCCUCAGCUUCAUCCAGCAGAUCCAACAGCACUCAUUGCCACGCAGUCGUAGCCGACCCUCCACCCUCCCUCCACCAGGGAGCUUGGGCAUGGGCAGUCUCCAUGAAAGCUGCCAGAGGCAUCCCAAGGGCAGUCCUCCUCCUACUGUUUGCACAGUCACUGCCAUGGUGCACAAUUGCGAACUGCCCCAUAAAGGCUUGUCUGGACUCGAAUAUCAUGACAAAUCGAACAAACAAAGCCUAAUAAAACCAGACAAGACCACUUACACUGGUGGUAAAUGGCACUCAGUGAUGGCUUCACUUGGGAUAAUGCCGGGGCAGGACAGCCCCAUAGGUGCUAAAACCAGAGAGAGCCCCCCUCUGGGCUACCCAUAUCGGCCACAGAGCCCACUUCAAGGGGAAGCUUGGGAUUCUGUACCCCAGAAGAACAUUUUGUCACCUGUUUGCUACAGUUUUUCCCCCGUCUCACCUUGUAGUGCCUUGCCAGAGGAUGUUAUGGUCACUAUGACAACCACAGACCCACAGCUUAAUCUCAAACAGGCCAUCAAACUGCAGUUUGAGGGUCCCACCAGUGCAGCCUUAUACAAGAGAGAGACGCCCCUGUGACAGGUACCCAAGUGGAGCUGGACAUUCUUGUGGCUCGAGGAGAAGGCAGUUUCCAUUGUGACUUACUGGGUUGAGACGAGAGAGGAAGAGAUCUCUUUCUUUACCGCCUUCAGACAAGCAGAGGAAGAACAAACUGAAUGACAUUAAAGCUUACAUUCCUGCCUUUCCGCUGUGUGUGCUGAGCAGAGCUCUCACAGACCAAAUCAUACUGAUGCAUUAAAAGUUCAGAGCAGAAUUACUGUUCAAUUCAGCUUGGACCUUAUUUUCCAAUCGUACUCAUGGUUUUGAUCAGUACCAGUUACGUGAAUAAAGGUAUUUUGUUCUGUUUUUUUUAUUUAUUUGCCCUUAUAGGACUGAGUUUAAAACCAGACAAAGCUGGGUUUGAUUUGAAAUUCUUAUUUUUUGCUUGUAAAGAUCCCUUUUUAAAGGAGUGAACAAUCAUAUUUAAGUUUGUUUAGCUUGUGGCCUUGAUCCUUAUUGAAGCUUUGAUAUUCGCUAUGAACUGGCCCCCAUAACUAGUCCACUGCUGACAACCAAAACAGCCUGCAGAACAGCAAACCUACCAAAGCCUGACCUUGUGCAGGUUUAUGAUACAGUACAAACUAUAAAAGACGGCCAAGUUUACUGAACAAACUUGGCUCCCUCACAGUGUGUCUGUGUGCAGGCAGGAAGGAAAAUGGGAAUACGGCCACUAAAGCUGCGGGUGGAUGUGGGAGGGCUGUUAAUUCCAUACUCGUAUGUGGCCUAAAGAGAUUUCUUUAUCAUUUUUCAUUGGAUUAGUAUUUAAUGACAUUCAUUAAUUAAAUGGAAAGUGGUGCUAUAACAUCCUCUA